AUGUCCCAGCACUACGGCACAGUCUCCAACGGCGAGAGCAGAGCAGAAAACGGCAUCUCUGCUCACAAUGACGAAACCCAGGCUCUGCUUGCCCCAAAGCCGGGAUCUAGAUCUUGGUUGCGCAGCAGAUUAGGUUCUGAUGUUCGUCGAGAUUGGGCAGAUGUUAUGCUGCUUGCCUGUUAUAUCAUAACAGGCAUUCUGGACAGCGCUUCCAUUUCCACGUGGGGUGCCUUCGUGUCUAUGCAGACAGGCAACACGGUCUAUCUGGGUCUGGGUCCAACGGCUGGGACGAACCGUUGGAAAAAGUCUGGAACCUCAAUUCUGUCUUUUGCCAUCGGCUCGUUUCUGUUUAGUCGUCUUCACAGAGUCUUUACCACUAGCCCGCGCCGCAAAUGGGUCUUUUGCGUCUCGUUUGGUAUCCAAACAGCUUUCAUCGUGGCCGCAGCAGCAAUUCUGACCUGGGGACCAAAAGGUGCAGGUCCAGACGAGGUGCCAUGGUACGUACUCGUGCCAAUCGCCCUCGUGGCCUUCCAGUCCUGCGGCCAAGCAGUUGCUAGCAGAGCGCUCAAGUUCAACGCUCUCACCAGUGUUGUCUUGACGAGCAUCUACUGCGAUCUGUUUUCAGAUGCGGGGUUGUUUGAGGGCAUCACUCGGAAUGUGGAGAGGAACCGUCGGGUGGCUGCACCAGUGCUUCUUCUCAUUGGUGCUAUAAUUGGAGGUAUCAUCGCGAAGAGCGAGUUUGGAACGUCAGGAGCUCUGUGGGUUGCUGCGCUGCUCAAGCUACUUGUCAUGUUUGGUUGGGCUGUGUGGCCUGAAGAUGAGGGGUCUAACUAA